AUGGCAGCCACUCGUGUAUUCGUUAAUGGGCGCAUAUUCGCGUCUGUGAACGCACAGAAAGAGACGACCAACUUCGCCGAGUGUAUGGUCGUUAAGGAUGACAAGAUCUUGCACGUCGGAAGCAAAGAUGACGAGUUGGUUCAGGAGAUCCUCCAAAGCGGCAUUGGGGUUACCGACCUGGAGAAUCGUGUUAUCAUACCGGGCUUCAUCGAUGCGCACACACAUCUCCUUUUCUUUGGUCUUUCGUUACGGAAGCUGGACCUUACCAAUUGCAGUUCACUUGAGCUGGUUGAGUCAGCAAUCUCCAGCUAUGCGAAGAAACAUCCAGAGAUGCCCCGAAUUCUGUGUCGUGGAUGGCAUCAGCCGAGCACUGGACGGCUGGCUUUAGCUACGAUGUUGGACGAACUUGAUCCUCAACAGCGGCCCAUCUAUGUCGAAGCACUAGACCUACAUUCAACUUGGGUCAAUACCGCUGCCCUCAGAGAACUUCCUCUGGAUCAUACCCAAGACCUUGACAAUCACCAGGUUUCACGCGACGAAAGUGGAGAUGCAACCGGGCUAUUUGCUGAAGGAGGACAAACAGACAUCGUCUGGCCUUACCUCAAUGAGAAGUACACCGAGGAAGACAAGCAGGCCGCCCUUCAGGAAGCCUUCAACAUGUAUACUGCAGCUGGAUAUACUGGCGCGAUCGACAUGGCGAUGGACGAUAACGCUUGGGAUGCGCUGAGACUCUAUCGCGAGAAGAAUGGCGCACUGCCUCUCCAUGUUGCCGCACACUGGCUAGUCCGUCCGGCGGGUGACCUAGAAGCACAAGUCGACGUCGCCAUCUCACAAAACAAGCAAUGGCAUCCUUCGUCAACGCCAGACUUCUGCGUUGUAGGCAUCAAACUGAUCUGCGACGGGGUCGUAGAUGGCUGCACUGCCGCUUUGACGCAACCAUAUCCCGGCCAUACUAAUCUCAUCGAUCCUCUUUUCACGAAGGAGCAGAUGGAGCUGGUCGUGAAGAAAGCAGCACAAGCCGAUCUCCAGGUCGCUAUCCAUGCCAUCGGCAACACAGCUGUUAAGCAAGCCAUCGACUCGAUCGCACAAGCCAACACGCCCGCAGGUCGCCACCGCAUCGAGCAUCUUGAGAUCACAAGAGAAGAAGAUGCAAAGCGUCUGGGUGCUCUAGGCAUCACCGCGUCCGUUCAACCGGUUCACUCUGAUCCGGCGAUCCUGAUCGAUUACCAAAAGCUAAUCGGGCCACACCUCUGGGACCGAGCCUUCGCGUACAAAGAGUUUCUCGAUCAUCAUGCAUGCGUGGCAUUCGGCACCGAUGCGCCGACGGCACGUCAUCUGCCGCUACCUAAUCUGUACAAUGCGACGACAAGGAGAAGUGCUACGCAGCCGCAGAUGACAGAACGGACGACGCCGCACCAGGCACUCACGAUGAGCCAGGCUUUUCAUGCUGCAACAGCUGGAGCUGCCUACUCACGCUUUGCCGAAACCUGGACAGGCAGUCUGAGGGCAGGUUUGCAGGCUGAUUUUGUAGUAUUGGAUUCGAAGUGGACUCCCGAGUCGCUGUUGGAUGACAGCGUUGCGGAAACAUGGGCGAAGGGUAAAAAAGUCUAUCAGGCAGUGUAA